CUUCACCUGGGCGCCGAUGGGGAAGGCCUGAGGGGGGAAGCCGAGGCAGAGGCGAGGCGGCAUGGAGAACCAGGGAGCCAGCGGCGGCGGGGAGGAAGUGCCGGGGAAGAUGAACGCCAGGCGGGGCGUCGGCGUCGGCCGCGUCCCUGAGGACGAGAGUAAGAAUAAGCCCAAGCUGAACCUUCAGAUAAAAACUUUGGCAGAUGAUGUGCGUGACAGAAUAACCAGUUUUAGGAAAUCAGGUGUCAAAAAGGAGAAACUUCUCAUUCAACACCCCAUUGACUCUCAGCCCUCUAUAAAUGAAUUGCCAGUGGCUCAGCCACUGUUUGAUGAACGUUCAAUGAAUUUAUCAGAAAAAGAAGUUAUGGACCUUUUUGAAAAAAUGAUGGAAGACAUGAACCUGAAUGAAGAACGAAAAGCUCCUUUACGGAAUAAGGACUUGACCACAAAACGCGAGAUGGUUGUCCAGUACAUUUCUGCAACUGCCAAAUCUGGAGGCCUGAAAAAUAGUAAACAUGAGUGCACUCUGUCGUCCCAAGAAUAUGUCCAUGAAUUACGGUCGGGUAUCUCAGAAGAAAAACUUCUCAACUGCUUAGAGUCCUUGAGAGUAUCUCUAACGAGCAAUCCUGUCAGUUGGGUUAACAAUUUUGGACAUGAAGGACUUGGGCUUCUGUUGGAUGUUCUCGAAAAGCUUCUGGACAAGAAACAGCAAGAAAGUAUUGACAAGAAGAAUCAGCAUAAACUUAUACAGUGCCUCAAAGCAUUUAUGAAUAAUAAGUAUGGUUUGCAAAGAAUACUAGGAGAUGAAAGAAGCCUUCUUUUACUUGCCAGAGCAAUUGAUCCAAAGCAGCCAAACAUGAUGACGGAAACAGUAAAAAUACUUUCCGCCAUCUGUAUUGUUGGAGAAGAAAAUAUCCUGGACAAAAUUUUAGGAGCCAUAACAAUUGCAGCUGAGAAAAAUAAUGCAGAGCGGUUCUCUAAUAUUGUGGAGGGGCUUGAGAAUCAUGAAGCUUUGCAGUUACAGGCAGCCUGUAUGCAGUUUAUAAAUGCCCUUGUCACGUCUCCUGAAGAUCUUGAUUUUAGGAUACACUUGAGAAAUGAAUUCCUACGUUGUGGGCUAAAGAAAAUAUUGCCAGAUCUAAAAGAGAAGGAGAAUGAAGAACUUGAUAUUCAGUUGAAAGUAUUUGAUGAAAACAAAGAAGAAGACUUAAUUGAAUUGGCCCACCGCCUCAAUGACAUCAAAGUAGAAAUGGAUGAUGUGAAUGAAGUUUACCAUCUGCUGUAUAACAUGUUGAAAGAAACAACAUCUGAAAACUACUUCCUAUCUAUUUUACAACAUUUUCUACUCAUAAGGAAUGAUUAUUAUGUCCGGCCUCAGUAUUACAAGAUAAUAGAAGAAUGUGUUUCACAAAUAGUAUUGCACUGUAGUGGCAUGGAUCCUGACUUCAAGUGCAGAGGAAGGUUGGAUGUGGACUUCACUCACCUUGUAGAUAGCUGUGUGGACAAAGCAAAAGUAGAAGAAAGUGAGCAAAGAGCAACAGAAUUUUCCAAAAAGUUUGAUGAAGAGUUCACAGCUCGACAGGAGGCACAAGCUGAACUUCAAAUGCGAGAAGAGAAAAUCAAAGAACUGGAAGCUGAAAUUCAGCAGCUACGAGUCCAGGCUCCUGUAUCUUCAAGUGGAUUACCAUCAGCAGGGAUACCACCCCCACCACCCCCACCACCCCCUCUUCCAGGUGGUGUAGCCCCUGCUCCUCCUCCUCCACCACCGCCAUUACCUGGUGGUUUACCACCACCACCACCACCUCCUUUGCCUGGAGGGUCUAUACCUCCUCCUCCUCCACCACCUCCUAUGUUUGGAGGUCCUCCACCACCACCACUUCCUUUUGGCAUACCUCCUAUAACUGCACCAGCACUGCCUUUUGGGAUGAAGCAGAAGAAAAAAUACAACCCUGAAGUAUCUAUGAAGAGAAUCAACUGGGCAAAGGUUGAGCCACAGGAAAUAUCAGAACAUUGUUUUUGGGUAAAAGCAAAAGAAGAAAAGUUUGAAAAUCCAGAUCUGUUUGCAAAGCUGGCCCUCACUUUCGCUACACAGAUGAAGGUUAAAAAGGCAGUUGAGGAUACAGAAGAAAAGAAGAUAGCUAUGCCUAAGAAGAGAGUUAAAGAGUUAAGACUAUUGGAUGGGAAGACAGCACAGAAUUUGUCUAUUUUCCUGGGAUCUUUCCGUAUGCCUUACGAGGAAAUUAAAGAUAUUAUUUUAGAAGUAGAUGAAGAAAAACUGAGUGAAGCAUUGAUUCAGAAUUUGGUUAAGAACCUCCCUGAACAGAAGGAGCUCAGUGCCUUAGCAGAGUUGAGGAAUGAAUACGAUGAUCUCUGUGAACCAGAACAAUUUGGAGUUGUGAUGAGUUCGGUGAAAAUGUUACGGCCUCGCCUUAACGGCAUCCUUUUCAAGCUCACGUUUGAAGAGCACAUAAACAAUAUCAAGCCUGGCAUCAUGGCAGUAACAAUAGCCUGUGAAGAGUUGAAGAAGAGUGAAAGCUUUAGCAGACUGUUGGAACUUGUACUGCUAAUUGGGAACUACAUGAAUUCUGGCUCAAGAAAUGCUCAGUCGUUGGGCUUUAAUAUCAGCUUCCUUUGCAAGAUCAGAGAUACAAAAUCAUCUGAUCAAAAGACAACACUUUUGCAUUUUCUGGCUGAAAUUUGUGAAGAGAAUCAUCGAAACAUCUUAAAAUUCCCAGAUGAACUUGAACAUGUGGAGAGCGCAAGCAAAGUUUCAGCUCAAAGUCUUAAGAGCAACCUCGAUUCCAUGGAACAUCAGAUACAGCGUUUGGAAAAUGAUAUUAAGAAGUUCCCCAAAACAGAAGAUCCACAUGAUAAAUUUGUUGAAAAGAUGGUCAGCUUUGCUAAGAGUUCCAGAGAGCAGUACGAAAAGUUAUCCAACAUGCACAACAACAUGAUCAAGUUAUAUGACAAUCUGGGAGACUAUUUCUCUUUCGAUCCCAAAGCUGUGAGUGUUGAGGAGUUCUUUGGAGAUCUCAGUGCGUUCCGGACACUGUUCUUGGAGGCACUGAAGGAAAACAACAAGCGAAAAGAGAUGGAGGAGAAGAUUAAGAGAGCCAAGCUUGCAAAAGAGAAAGCAGAACGUGAAAAACUAGAACGGCAGCAGAAGAAGAAACAACUGAUUGACAUGAAUAAAGAGGGCGAUGAGACAGGAGUGAUGGAUAAUCUUCUUGAGGCACUGCAAUCUGGGGCAGCAUUCAGGGAUCGCAGGAAACGAACGCCAAGAACUCAGGAUAACAGACGAGUAACUUUGGAAAGGUCACGUUCCCGCCACAAUGGAACUAUCACAGCGGUAUGAAUCCUCCCAAUGCCAAAGAACUGGAAAGGUGUUUUAUUUACUUUAUAUGGAGACAUGGUGAAAAGAAUGUGCGAAGAGCAACAAUGAUCAGAAAUGAUUUUUAAGUGAAUUCCAGGGAAUAACAACCAGAAGAAUAAAUAUGUAUUUUACAAAUAUUGUGCAAACAACAACAACCCACCACUCUUACUGUAUAUUAUUAACAAAAUUCUCAAGCGAUGUAAACAGUGUUAAAAUAUAAGGUUGUGCCUCUUCUUCUUUAGUAUUACUUGCGGUUGUUAAGCUAGCAACUAGGAUCCGACAACUACCAUGUUUUUGGGCAGCUCCCAUUAAUUUGAUUGGGAGGGUGCACAGCGGAUUGUGCCCAAAGUGUGGAGGACAAUGUAUAUAAAUUCAGGCGGAUAAGGUAUGCAUUUGCUGUUAAAAUUAACAGCAUCAAAAGAUCAGGUCAACUAAAGAGGACAGAAGCCCAUUCGUAGUUCUUAUUUUGACAUGAAAGGAAAAAAGAAAAUUUGCAUAUUAAUGAAUUCAGAUAUGAGCUGAUAUACCACACAUCAUAAGAGACCCUUUUUGUAAGCUUGAGAAAGCACUGUGUAGCCCCCAUCAAUUUCCUUAGAAUCUUAUCUCAAGUUUUAAGCAUGAUGGAUUCAGCUAUUUUGGCUGCAGUUAAACUUUAUCACACAUCUACAGCCUCAGUGGUAGAAAGAUAUAUAGCUUCUCAUCACUGCAAAAAAAAAAAAAAAUUAAACAAAUGAGAACAUAGGAUUAUACCAAAGUUAAACUAUAUCAUUUGCAGAAUAUGUUUUUAAAUAUAUUUAAAGAUGUAUUUUCUAAUUAUGUACUUAUAUAAACUUUAUACAGAUAUUUUGAGGAAAAAUUCUUAUGUAUUUUGAUGGUUCCAACAUUCUUUUGCCUUUGUUUAAGCUUUCAGAAACAUAGUCUACUAAUAUAAAGGUAAUUACAAUUGGAUUCUUAAGACACUCCCAAAUGUACUCUGGAAAAGAUGUUGAGAUGGCCAUGGUUGUGCGAUAAAAUAGUAACAAUGGGGAGAGAGUAGCCUGGUUCAGACAACAUGUUAAACCAUGCUGCUUAACCACAAAAUGGUUAAGGGAAUGCAUUCCCUUUACCAUGUUGUGGUUAAGCAUCAUGGUUUAGUGUGUUGUCUGAACCAGGCCAGUGAGGGGCACAUGCACUCUAACGCUCUUUGCAAACCACUCCCUUUUGACCAUUUGACCCAUCUUCCAUUUUGAUCCCACCAAAGGCCAACAACAUGAGUCAGCUGAGGAUGCCACAUGCUUUGUAAUGCACUGUAAAACCUGCUCUACCGCACUUCCUGUGUGUGUGUGUGUGUGUGAGUGUAUUUCAGGAGGAUGGGGGAAUGUUUCAUAGAAUGAAAUACCCUUUCAUUACUGAUGGUGAUUAGAGAAACACAACGAGAUGUGCAAAAAACAAACACAACAAUUUAUUCUGACUGGUGAGUUUACAAGAGCCAUGUUAGUGAGACUGGUGGAGAAGUGGAGAGGUUUGAAUGCACUGCAGCAAAACAUUCCGUAAAAUGAAGGCGGUAACUUUAAUUUUAGCUGGUAUUCAAAAUUCAGGCAAAUCAGAAACAGAGUCACCAAUCCUUUGCUCAGCUUCUUUAACAAGAGGUUUCAUAACCACUACCAUAUGCAACAAGGACUAAAAUCUUGUAGCCACCUAAGUUAUCACAGAAAACCGCUUUUGCUCUAGUUUUCCAUUAAGUAUAUUUCUGAGCCUCUCAAGAAAAUCAUAUCACAAGAAAUCUAGAGUGGCGAUCUUGUCUGCCCAUGGAAGGCAUCCAUCAGGGAGAAGGCAAUUUUCAGUGAUACGCCUUUCCCCCUACAGUUCCAAAUACAGCCCACAAUCUGUUCUAGAGGGUCCUCUGCAACCCCUACAGUGCACAUUGGGAUGGAGCACAGAGGGGGUCAUUGAAAAUCACUACCUUCCCUGUUCUGCUGAUGGCUGUCCCAUCACUGGAAGGACACUACUUAGAUACCACCUAUUGUUUUCCCACCCCAAGAGAGAGGAAAUCAUUAACCACAUUAUAUCCUAAUGACAAAGUAAGAGCAAAACAUGGAAUUUUGUCCUGACAGUAGCCCCAUAUUGUAGGUUAAACAGAGAUGCCAAAUGGCCCAUGGUCACCCAGUGAGCCUUGCAGCUAAACAAGGAUCACAGACCUGCUCUUCCACAUGUGAUACUCUUGCAACUAUACAUUUUCCCAGUGCAAUGGUGGUGAUGUUGGGUGGGGUGGGGUUGCCUAGAUUUAGUGUUAUAUGUAUGGAAAGGAUAGGAUAUUCCUCAUUCAUUCUACUGAAAUUUUCUUAGACACUGCUCAUCUACUGCAUUUUAUAUUUUGUGCAUAUUAUAUUUUUUAAAAUAAGUUUCCCACAAAUUCUUAUGCUUAACUACUGAAUGCACUGUAUUAUAAGGGAAGUAUCAAUCCCUUUUUGUUCAUGCAUGUGUUCUGUUUUCUGCACACGGGGUGCAAGAGAGGAUGAAACCAUCCUGUUUGGGUAGGCAGCAAUGUUUGGGUUCCUAGUCUACGUUCUGCAGCUACCUAAGACUCAUAUGUCUGAAUUUGGGCUGUUUACAAGUUUAAAUGUAUGGAAAAGAAGAAAAGAUCCUGAGGUCCCAGUGAAGUAGAAAAAGUCCUGAAUUUCAAAGGACGUGAUUAAGGCUUAUUGUUUCAUAGGUGUAUGAUGCUAGUAUACCAGACUGAAUGCUACAGAUCUUUCUAAGGAACACAAGUAGUUUUUAGCAAAAAUAAUAAAUACUCCUCAUUUACCUCCCACUCUAUAAGAAUUUAUUAAUAGGUGUAAGGUAAACAAUCACUUUUUAAAUUACCCAUCUAAUCUACAUUUUCUCAUUCAUGUGUUUAGAUUCAAAACAUGUUUUAAAUCAUAACGCCAACAUUGCAACUCAUUUGGAUAAGCAAAGUGUUAAUGUAUAGUAUUUUAAUUUUCUAAUGUAUAGUAUUUUAAAACAAUGCAUUGAAGCUCAGAGAUGGCAUCAGUAAUUUGCUAGAAUUUAAAAGCCAAAACGUUAAAGCAAUUAUCAGAGCAUCUGUGAACAUAUCCUUCCACAGAUAUUUUUACUGUAAGACUAAUUAUUAUGACUGCAGCGUUUUUUAUUUCCUGACAUUUUGUUUUUGACCAGCCUAGUAGUUGGCAAUUGAAGAUUUUAAAGAACCACAUUCUGACCAAAAGCAAAGCCAAAAGAAUCCUAAAGAUGUUCUGAUAUUUCAGUUUUACCAACCCUGUCAUUUUAUUCCACAUUUGGAACAUUUAUUUUAUGCAAUUUAAUAGACAUGUAUCUUAAUAAAGCAAAACAAAAUAGGUAGAAAAAAUAUAAUAUUGUAAAUACAGGGUGCUUGUAUUUAUAAAGUCUAAAGUAUUUUCUGAAUUUUAUGUUGGAUCACGGAAUCUUUUGAUAGUUUUUAUUCUCUUUGAAAAUGCAGAUUAAAGAAAAAACUUGCUCUUCGUAUUAUUAUGGAUCCCACUAUUGUCAAAUGUUUACCUGGUGAUCUAGUAAAUGUGUAGUCUUGAGGUCAUAUCAUCGUUCCCCGAACUGCACUUGCCUUAUUUUCUAACAUUAAGAGGAAAACAUUGUACACCUUCGAUUGCUUUGCAAAAACCUUCCCAACAAUCAAAUUACCUUAAGUACUAAUCAUUGCUUAGAUACAGUUCUUGCUGCUUGCUCGUAAGAAUGUGUGAUGCAUUUCCAUGUAAAAUAGAAUAUGCUAUGAUCUUGCCUCUGCCCUUGCCCUACAGGGGAAUGACAUCUUAAAUGUUAACAUCUUUUAAUCAGUGUGCAAGGUGAAAAUAAAACCUGGCCAAAAAUAAAGCCUGUUCAGGCAAAGCUACUUGUUCUUUUAAAUUAAACCACUAUGAAGAAUUUCUAAAUAAGCCACUUUAAAUAGCAAGCCCCCAAAUCUAUAUUUUUUUUUAUGUAAGUGAAGCUUGCUUGUUUCUGCUGACCACUAUUUACAAGCUUAUAACAAAUAUGCAUAGAUGUUAUAUGCUUGAGCGUUUAGCCUUUGCAUCUGUGUGUGUGUGAGAGUGUGUAUAUGUACUACCUCAGAGUGCAAUUUAGCUACACACGGACUUCCUCCUCUUCCUCUCCUCCCCCACAAAAUGUAGUUCAGUAGAUAAAGACAUAGAGCCCAAAUAGACAAGACAUUGAUGAU